UCUUCCUGAUAUACAUAGGCGGGGUUCCAUUUCCGGCGCACCCGAGGCAGCAAGCAGAGCCACAGCCAUGGCCUGUGCCGCAUGCGUUGUUGCCCGAGUAGUCAUUCGUUCAAGCUACGAGGGGCCGGCCGCGCGCUAGCCGAUUUCCGGCCGGUGCUGCGAGGCGAGGGGGCGGGUUGCUGGUGCUGGGUCCGGCGUCAAUCGACGGCGAGCCCGGUCUCAUCGCUCGCCGAGGCUGGCCAGUGACGCUACGUAUAGCGUGAAGUGCGCUGGCCCCGUGACUGUCGCGGCCGUGUCGGUCACGGUCUGGUCACGACUUUCGCCUUGAGGCACGGCGACCGGAGCAGAGAGAGAGGAGCUACCUACCAUACCUAGACACCUUGGUGUUCCCUACACAUAGCGCCCCCUGCUUUGCUGCGCCCUCUGCCGCUUGUUUCAGAAUUACAGCCUCUUCUUACCGCGACCGCCACUAGAGACCAGUGCGUGCGUCUCCCUCGCUCGGCAGCUCCUCCAGGAGAAGAGGCGAUGGGGCGCGGGAUGCUCGACGACGACGUCUCGCGGCGGGCCACCUUCGGCGAGCGCAGCGGCGCGCUGCUGACGGAGGCCCAGGAGGUCGCCGCGCUCUGGGAGGCGGACGUCGGCGUCCUCAUCUUCGACAGCGCCGGCAGCCCACACACCAGUUGGAGCGAGCUGAUGCAACGCUACCAGAUCAUCACCAAAGGCAAGUUCCAGGGGAUAAAUCAUGAUGAUGACCGCCGUCAGCUGUUGGGCGAAAUCGCAAGGUUGAGGCGUGAGCGCGACCGCCUCGAGGCCAGCGUGAGGGGGCUGACCGGGGACAACUUGCCAUCCGCCGCAACCACGGAGCUCGGCGAUCUGGAGCAGCAGGUAGAGCGUGCACUGGGUAAAGUCCGUGAGACGAAGGACAAACUGCUGGAGCAGCAGUUGGACGAGAUACACCACAGGGUGCACAUCCUGGAGGAGCAGAACAGCUUCCUUCGCCACAUGAUGAGCGAGGAGGGGCGGCAACGUGCUGCCGUGGAGGCGUCGGCGCUGGUGGCGGAGCUCAUUGUGCCGAUGCAGCAGCCGGCGACGCUGUUCGGGGGAUUCUUCCCGGAGGUGGAGGAGGAGGGGGCAUCCACGUCGCUCCGGCUGUGGCCGCGGCAGUUUCCUGGCAGUGGCAGUUAAGGUCGGUGCGUUUUUUCGAAAGGGGACUGCUUGUGCUUGUUAAUCUACCGGUGAUCAAUCUGCAUCCUCACUAGAGUGUAGUCGCACAUUGUUCUGGUGUUAACUAAUCUAGUUUAAACUUACUAGUAGCAGGCCAGUAGUUACGGCUAAGGAUCCGGCGUAUGUUCAGAGGGCAUACAGCUGACAAGUAAUUGGGCCAUCUUGUCAACACUAUAUACAUAGUCCCGUUUUGCUACACAGAAUUUCCCCUACUGCCCCCAUAUAUAUAUGCAGCAGUAUUUUCAA